AUGGUGGAAGUGUGGUGGCCUCUGUUAGCAGCAGCAGUCCCUGCGCUAAUCGGAGGACAAGCACUGAGGAUAAAGAAGAGACGCGGCGAAGAAGAGAGGAUCAAGAGUGCUCGGGGAAGAGAGAAAAGCUCUGACGAGAUCUUUGUCUGCGAAAGAGUUUGCACUUCCAAAAGAAUGCUGAAGAAAGUUGGAGCUUUCUCUAAAGAUCCUAUUCCCGACACUUGUGUUACUGUCUGCGGCGUAUCUGAGCUUGACGCUUGCUCUGAUGCUUGUGCUCGAACCGUCUGUGUCAACCAGCACCAAGUUGCUAACUGGAAUGACAUUUGUCUUAGGAGGUGUCAGAGUGAGUGUCUUAAGCUCUCUUCUUCUUCUUCUCGCUCUUCUUGAUAUGUUUUUUAAGAGUUUGAAUCUCUCUUUUGUGUUGUUUAAGUUUGAGUCUGAACGCUAUGAUUCGUUCCUUUUGAAUCUGAUUUUUUUUUUGUAAGUUAAAUAACAUUAUGAGCAAAUCUUUGGUGGGUUACAUUUA